ACCUCUGCCUCCAGCCAGCGCUCCCGCGGCCGCCGCUGAGGGGCCGGCUCCGAGCCGGGGACAGCCUGCGGCGGGGCCGCCGCUCCCCUCGCCGCCCGGAGAGCGAUGCAGCGCCCAGGGAGCGCCCAGCCCCGCACGCCCUGGUGAGGACGCGCAAGGCAUCAUGGUGAGUAAGGAGCCCAGCAAAUGCUUACUUACCACCUCGGAAAGCGAAGUUGAGCCAGCAGCUUCGCUUGCUCUGGAGAUGAAAUACGCACUGGAUCCCAACCGGCAGAUCAAGAAGCGCAACAAAGCCCUGCAGGUGAGAUUCAAGGAUAUCUGCGAGGCCCAGAACGAGCAGCGGGACAAGCAGCUCUCCACCAGCCAGGACAGCGACAAGCGAGAAGCGAAGGCGGUCUCCUACAAAACGGCGUACCGCAAGUACAUGACGGUGCCCGCCCGCAGGUCCAUCCCCAACGUCACCAAGAGCACGGGGGUGCAGACGUCCCCGGACCUCAAGAAGUGUUACCAGACCUUUCCUCUGGACCGCAAAAAAGGGAAUAUCAUCAAGAGCGCCUCGACCGUUGACACCUUCAAGGGCGAGAACAACGGAUUUCUACUCGACCUCAAGGACAAGGAGGGCAGGAGCUCGGGGGAGGAAGGCCAGUGGGGCAGGAAGGCCGGCAGCCUGCAGACGGCCGAGUUCAUCUCCCACGUGGGCGAGCGGGCGAGCGCGGGGCCCGGCGCGGCGUGCGCGGGGGCCUGGCAGGACGCCGAGCUGCCCGGCUGCCCCCUCCACAACGCGGCCAAGCCGGAGCCGGGGAGCGAGGAGCCCGGCCAGCCCCUCCACGGGAGGGUGUUUAAAACGGAGGUGGCCACCGUUUACCUACCGGCGGGCGGCUCGGACGCCUCGCAGCCCGAGCUGCCUCACCUCGCGGCCGAGCCCGACUGGUCGCUGUGCCCGGCGGGCGAGGAGGACAGAAAGAGGACCGUGCACCUGAAUGGCGUCCAGCCGCAGGCCGGGGACGCGCCCGCCUGCCCGCUGCAGGCCCAGUGCCGAGCCAGCGAGUGCCACGAGCGGAGCCUGCAGGUCGACGUGUCGCCCAUGGAGGGAGCGCGGCCCUGCCAGGCCGCCGUCGCCCUGAGCGAGGAAUGCCAGCAAAUCGUGCCUCACACCGAAGUUGUGGACUUGAAAGCGCAGCUUCAGAUGAUGGAAAAUUUGAUCAGCUCUAGUCAGGAAACCAUCAAGGUGUUGUUGGGUGUUAUACAGGAGCUAGAGAAAGGAGAAGCUCACAGAGAAGGGCUUUCAUAUCGGACUGGUCAAGACACGGCUAACUGCGACACGUGCAGGAACAGUGCGUGUAUUAUCUACAGUGUGGAAUUGGAUUUUAAGCAGCAAGAAGAUAAACUACAGCCAGUGUUGAGAAAACUUCAUCCUAUCGAGGAAACUCAGGUUGCACCUUUGCCUUAUUCUCAGGAGAGCUACUCCUCAACUCCCAAGCAAAAAUCCAAAACUGAAUCAAAAAAGCAUGGAAGAUGGAAACUCUGGUUCCUUUAACCAAGUCCAUCACGUGGGGAGUUCAAGGCCUUCUCUGAAGAAGAUCUGGAGUUCUGUCAAUCAUCUACAAAGGGAUCUCUGCAGCUUGAUCCGUGCUGCCGGCCGAUGCUGUUGCCGCCGCCGGCCGCGUUCAGCUCUCACCGUAUGUACCAAAAAGGCCUUUGUACCUAGGAACUUGUGUUCGGGAGCAAGGCGGUACCUGACACCUUGCCAACUUUUAUUUGCGGUUCACCAAUGUGGGAUGUAAAACCUGAAUUGAAAUUUGUACAAAAUGGAAAGUAAAACUAUUCCCCCCCUCCCCCUUUAGAUCUGAGAGCAUCACAUUCUAACCUGUUCAAUCGUAGGCUGUCAUCCUGUACGCAGCGCAAUAUCACUAUUGUUUUAAAGCCUUCUGGGGGUUUGGUUUGUCGUCUUUUAAACGAGGGGAAAAAAGCAAGCAAGCCUUACGUUUGCAAUGGUCUUCAGUUUUACAAAUCCAUGUUGAUCGGGGAGUGCAGUUUUCAGCACAUAUAUCCUGGACAAAGCACAAUUUUUCAUGUGGUCCGAGACCAUGAAUACUCUCUAAGACGUGACUAUGUGUAUAUUUGCCUUCACGUGUUGUAGACUUCAACCAAGCUAUCACAUUUCGACAACGCACCGUCAUUUCUAAUUUAGCUAUGUCCUCAUCACCAGAAGAAGUCCGCUGCUCUCCUCCAGCAGGCGAGCGGCUAGAAAUCUCCCAAAUUCAGGACAAACCUUUAACCACACCAAGCUGACAGGGUCAAGGCCACAGGACAAACUGUCCUAGAGCUCACUUUUAAUUUUUUGGUACCCAAAAGGUCUAAAUGACACAUUCUGGCACAGGAAAAAAAAAAACAGAACAACAAAAAGCUCUACCAAUUGCUGGCGUUCGCCAUAACGUAGUAUCUUUUUCUAAUGCAAUCUUUGGAAAACCCCUACAUUACUGCAAAAGGCACCAUAAGUUUUAUAGUACGCAUUAUGCUUUGAAACCUGCUUGGAAGAAGCAGCAAUUUUAAGAGCUAUUUAUUUAUUUAUUUACCAGGCUUCUCAGAUGGGUUUCCCAACCAACACAUUAGAGUUUAUAUCUACAUCUACUCAUUGUAUUUAACGACCAAUGCACUUAGGGAACAAAUCUGAACCAAAUUUGUCUUUCUUUUUUUUUUUUGACACUUAAAAUUUUGCUCGGAAUUAUAAACUGGAACCCUUUCCCUUAAGUAUUUGUUACUGUCAUUACACUCCUACCAAAAAUGACCAUUUGUGGAAAAAAAUCUCCUGCUGAAGCAGCAUGGGACUGGGAAUAUCCUUUUUUUUAAGGAGGUAAGAUCAUUUGAACCAUACAGCGUCAGAAACUGGGUUCCUCUAAGUUGGUUUUGAAAUUGCACACCCUGCAGCAUCAUUAAGAUACAAAUUCUUCAGUCUUUAGGUGGAAGAAAAGUAAUCAUUAGCAGAGGAGCUUGCACAUAGUAACAAAGUGGAAAUGCUUUCACUUACACCGUUUCUUAGCUCGACAUAAAGCCCGUUACUACAAGAAAAUUUGAGGAAAAUCACAUGCUGUUUGGUUUGGGGAAAAAUAGGAAAAGGAGGUUUAAAAGGGAACAGAAAUGCAGGAGAUGGUUAUGUCCACCUUGAAAUUACUUUCAGCGUGCUUUAAUGAAAAAGUCACCUUUGUAGUGACUUCAAGAGGGCUCCGAGUUCUUGUACAAACAUAAGCACUGUCCCAGAAUACUGCUGUGAAGGCUGAGGGAUGAAGAAAAGCUGAGUGGUCCUGUGUGCCGGGAAGGAAGUGCAAUUGUUUCAUCUGGUAAAAAAAAUAUGUGUUUCAUGUAUUUUAUAGUGUUUUUAAUUAAAUAUAUAGAACUGUUUACAGGGCAGCCCACCUUACAUGUUCUAGAAACCCAAAUAUUUCCAAACAAGAAAAUCUAUUUAUUUUUCCUAAAAAGAAGCAUCAAAUACGGACAUACCACGCAAAUACAGCGAUAUUCAGUAAUAAAUAGCGGUAAUACUUCAUAACUCAUACAUGCUAACAUGCCAUUCAGUUUAGGUAAUUAAAUCAAGCAUCUCUCAAUGGCAAUCAAUUACAGAUCGUUAGCGUCACCUCAUCAGUAGCUUUUCCCAUAAAUCUAUUCUUAACGUUGUUGUGUGCAGGGACUCUGACACCAAACCCAACGAUCUCUGUGCGGUUCCUGACUCAUCCGGAGACCGGUGUUCUGUCAUCAGCUACCAUGUCAGAGGAAAGUCACUGGUGAAACAUGUAAGAGCUACAAGUGAAAGUUCUCACGGCGUGUUCUGUACAUGUCCAGGCUAUUUUCUUAAGAAGUUGCAGAUUUUUAAUUUUUUACAUUUUUUUAACAAUGGAAAAGCUGACAUACAUAGUCUUGCUUACAAUUACAUAUCGUGUUCUAUCGUACCAUAACAAUGUAAUUUGUAAUAAAAUGUUUUUGCAAGUGUG